UCCUGCCUAUUUUCAAUUACAACAUCAACAUUGUGAUGACGUUUGUUUUUGUCAAGUUUUGAUUACGUUGACAAGGUUGACGUCUACAAAAACACCCGUUCAAUUUUACAUCAUGAGUGGAAAAGUAUAUGUGUUAUAGUGUUUAAAAAUCCGGCAAUUUUCGUCAAACCUGCAGAGGAGAGGCCAGCAAAACGAUGGACACGAUGGACGUGUCUCUAAACUACGAUGAGUCCGACCUGAUGAGCUCGGAAUUCUUCGACUCGGUCUUAUCAUUAGAGAACAAUAUGGAAGAUGGGUUCUUAUCAGCACUGGAGGAUGAUAUCAAUUUGUCUAGUGAUACUAGCUCGCAUAUGGAUGAAGUCCUUUCCCCGCAAAGCUUUUACUCUGAAAGUGAUAAAAACAGCUUGUCCAGCACAGAUUAUGUUGACCUAGAUGAUUCUGCCAACGUACACAAUAUUGAUAACUUUGAUGACCCCCUUUUGAUGUCCCUGUUAGAAUCGUUACCCGAAACUAAACCUGAAGUCAUAUCUGUACCUGCCCCGGUUGAGAAACAGCCUACAAAAAUUCUCAUUCAAAAUCCCAACAACAAGAAAUUCAUUGCCAAACCUAUUGUUGAUACCACACAGCUAAAAACGGGCCCUCUGAAAGUCAAACCUCAGAUUCUUAAGGUUCAACCCAUUCUUAACAAUGGGCGCCCGGUUUUACUCCCACUCAGCUUGAAAAGCAUAAAAAUUCUGAAUGCUUCUCCUGUGAAUCUAACUGCUUUGUCUAACAUAAGAAAGCGUAAAAUAAAAGUGGUUAGCUCAGGUUCAGAGAGCGAAGUAACAUCAUCCACCAAUCAGUAUCCCCCAUUAAUUUUAACGCAUGAAGAGAAGAAAUUGCUAGAGAAAGAGGGAAUUCAGUUACCAACACAUCAUCCAUUAACUAAAAAUGAAGAAAGGGAACUGAAGAGGAUUCGUAGGAAAAUAAGGAAUAAGAUAUCUGCACAGGACUCCCGAAAACGCAAAAAGGAGUACGUUGACAAUCUGGAAGAUCGCGUGAAACGCGGCUCCGAAGAAAACAAAAACCUGCUGCAACGAGUCAGAGCAUUGCAACGUCAAAAUAAGACGCUGAUCGCGCACGUCAACAAGUUGCAAGCGAUGAUCAAAAAUUCAACAACAACCAAAGCGACGCCGUCGACUUGCCUAAUGGUCGUCCUUCUCUCGGCCCUAUUGGUGUCUUUGCCAAACAUGAAGCUCUUCAACGACAAGAAUAGCCUGUCCACAGAGCAAGAGCAGGUGGCUGUUAGAAGAUCACUACUUUCCAGCCCACAAGCGACAGAAGACGACGCAGUGAACAUGGAGGAGUUCCUGAUCUUCAAAGAUGAAGACGACUACAACCGCGCAAAACUUGCGGAGGAGUUGGACAUCGAGAACUCCACUGACAAGGAGUUCACCAAGAUGAUUGAGGAGAUGGAGAAGAAGUAUGGAGGACUGCUUUCUGAGAACAACAGUUCCAAUGUGGGAUUGUUCGGCAAGGUGGUUGAAGCCGUAAGAGGAUUUUUGGAGAGGGACAAGCCAGAGAUGUUUGUCAAUAGUGACUAUGGAGGGUUGAAUAAAAAGGGGUUCAUCGAGCCAGAGAUUGAUGAAUAUCUGCCCAAUGAAGAUCUACCAUUCAAAAGGAUGAAGUAUAUCACUGAAGACGUCAACGAGUCGCUUCACUCAAAUGACAGGCUUGUCUCGGCUACUGUGGAUACUAACACACUCGGGAUGAACACAAAGGAUCAGUGAUGCAAAUAUUAGGAAAUUCAUUUUUGUAACAUAGUUGCCACCUCCAUUUUUGCUUUUAGUUUUUUGGUGCUGUUCAGAAUUUAUUGUUACAUAGUACAUUUUGUUGUUCACUUGAUAAUUCGAGGAUGGUGCACAAAGCCUAGUAACUCAAAUGGUUUCCAGCAGAGACCAUUUUUGUCUCGAGCUUGUGACUUUUGUGUACAAAAAAAGGUGGUUUAAGACAUUAAUUAUUUGAUAUCUUCUUCAGUAUAAACAGCAAAGCUUGAAUGUCUAAUAAAGACAAUAAAAUGUAGUAACACCAUUAUUCAUGAGAAAAAUUGUAACCAAUACUGUGUGUUUGCUUGGUUGAACUGUUAUUUUUGCUAUGUUGUAGAUCUUUGUACCUUUUUAUAUAUUGUUUUGCAACAUUUUAUAUUUUUUUACGUUUCCGCAAAUUAUUUCCGUGUCCAUAGUCUUAGCAGCUUUUAAUGAAAUUUGUAGAUAUUCAUUCAUAUCAUUUGUUUUGUAGACCGAGGAUAAGAAAAAUUCAGUUGUAAUUCUAUUUAUCUUUACCAAACUUUCCAGUUUUGAAUGUGUAAUGUUGAGACAGUUUAUUUAGAUGUUAUGGUAUAGAUUUGUAUAUGUUAUAUCAAUGUAUCUAAUAUAUUAUUUGUUUUCAUUUGCAGUGAAUUAUGAUUACUGCAAUAAAACAUCCGG